CAGUAUGAACCUGGGUGUUACGGCAGCAGCAGCGUUAUUAAAGGAAGCGAUCCUCGUGUUCCCGCCAGCAGCCUGCAGUCAGUUUGGUCUCCAGACUUCCAGGGAAGAAGAGCCAACAUUUGAUCUGAGAAGAGCCGCUAAGAGAGUGAAGCUGCGCGGUUCCUGUCUGCUCUUCACGUCCCGGAAACUCGACAGGGACCGAGAAGGAAGAAAAGCAGCUGAAAGAACCAUGUUUCCCUUCAUGUUUCUCCUCCUCCUCGUCCCACAUGUGCUGUUGUCCUCGACACAUGAAGCGGUGAUCUCCCCUCAGGAUCCCGUCCUGCAUAUCGGCUCCAGUCUGACAGCCACGUGCACGCUGAGCCCUGAGCUCGGCCUCCACGCCAGCACAUUGUACUGGACUCUGAACGGGAUAAGUGUGUCCAGCAGCGCGUGCAGUGUGUUGAGCCCCGACACCCUGAGCAUCACCCUCCACAACCUCAACGGCUCCCAGCAGCAGUCUGGAGACAACCUCGUGUGUCACGGAGCAGAUGGACACGUCCUGGCUGGUUCGUGUCUCUAUGUGGGCAGGCCUCCAGAAAAGCCAGUCAAUUUAACGUGUUGGUCCCACAACACCAAGGACUUGAGCUGCAAGUGGAGCCCGGGGGGGCUGGGUGAGACCCACAUCCAAACCAAAUACACCCUCAAGUACAAAUUGAGGUGGUACGGGAGAGAGAAGGAGUGUGAAGUUUACAACACAGGGAAGCAGCGCUACUCCUGCUACAUCCCCCGCAACCUCGCCCUCUUCACCCCGUAUGAGAUCUGGGUGGAGGCAGCCAAUCAGCUGGGCUCUGCUACCUCUGACAUCACCACGCUGGACAUCCUUGAUGUAGUGACCACUGACCCUCCUGCCAACGUGCAGGUGAGUCGUGUCGGCGACCUUGAGGACCAGCUGACAGUCCGCUGGGCCAGCCCCCCCGAGCUCAAGGACAUCCUGUUUCAGGCCAAAUAUCAGAUACGCUACAGACUGGAGGACAGCACUGAAUGGAAGGUGGUGGAUGAUGUUGGUAACCAGACGUCCUGUCGGCUCGCAGGCCUCCAGCCCGGGACCGUCUAUUUUGUCCAGGUGAGGUGCAAUCCAGUGGGCAUCUAUGGCUCCAGGAAGCCCGGCAUCUGGAGUGACUGGAGCCACCCGGCUGCCGCCUCCACGCCCAGCAGUGAGCGGCUGCAGAGCGGCUCCUGCGAUCCUAAGCCUGGUGAGCAGAACUCCACCCUGCGGCGGGAACUCAAGCAGUUCUUCGGCUGGGUCCGCAAACACGCGUCCGGCUGCAGCGGCAUGUCAAUCAAACUGUACGACCAGUGGAGGGUGUGGCUGCAGAAAUCGCACAAAACGCGCAACCAGGUAGAUUCUACAAGACGAUAAUUCAUAGCAGCACCGCUCAGCACCACUGUGGUGUUUAAUUCCAGAACAGCAUCAAGAAACUGACGGAUAACUGGCCCCGAGGGUCCCAGCUGUGUGAGGGAUACUGCAGUGUUUGGUCAUACCGCCUUAACUUGACUUUAAAGGGCCCGAGUGGAAGAUAACUGAAGUGAGACAAUUCAGCCUUUUUCUGCCAUUUCCGCUGGCCAAAUCUAUCUGUUAGAUCUGUUACCGGACACAAAUGUUACAGCCUUCAGCAACUGUACUUUUAUUCUGGAAAAGGGAAAAAAAAAUGUUAGCGUCACAGUUUAGACUUUUUAAGUCAACUUAAUGUAAUGCAAGUCUUUGAUGAUCCCCGUCUAAUGAUAGUAACAUGAGGGAACUGGGAACAAAAUGUACAGAACAAACCUAGCUUUUUGUAGAGCCGUGGUUUUCUCCAUGCUAAUCUGAAUGUGAGAUUGACAUUGUUUUUGCCAUUAGGAUAAUUUUCAAUUAAUCUGCUAUUAGUUUCUUGAUUAAUCGUUUUGUCUAUGAAAUUUCAGAAAAUUGUGUGAGAGAGAGAGAGAGAGAUAGAGAGAGAGACGAUUAUCAAAAUAGCCGGCAAAUAAUUUUCUGCUGAUAAUCUAAUUUGAUUGUUUCAGCUCUAGUUCAGUGAAAACAAAAUGUGAAAUCACUGAGCCCUUUUAAACAGUAAUUACAGUCGACAUAAAGUAGCGAGCUACCUAAAAUAAUAAUUAUUCCUGAAGGUGUUGAAUUUAAUUUCCCAUGUAUUAAGGCCUCACUAUCUGUAAAAUGUAUAUACUGUCUACCAUUUGUUUGAAGACAUUUUCAUACUGUUUAUAUUUUUAUAACUGCAUAUUUAAAGUUUUUUUUAAGUUAUAUUCUUUUACUGCACCAUGUAGUGCCUCUGAGAAAUACUGAGUAUAAUGUAUAAAACAGUACAAAGUCAAA